GGUAGGUCGAGAAGUAGUUUAUCUCGUUACUAGGCAGCGAUAACGGCGCCCGUUUGCGAUGUAUUGAGAGAAAAUAAUUUGCCUUAAUUAAUUAACACAGUACAAAUGAUACGCCUGCAGGAAUACAUACAUUGCAGUAAAGUUACGUUAAUGGUUUAUAACAAAGACAAGACCAACACUGGGGAUAGUCGGGCUGCUUUCUACUCUUUAUUAUUGCAAAGAGAAGUACCAUCGUCACCCUGGCCUCCUCAAGUGAUAUCCGAGAAAAACUGCGAAAGAAGCGUCGUGCUUUGCAAGACACUUUGGUAAAAAACAGAAAUGAGGACGACGUUCAGGCUCUGGUUCCGUCUACCAAGUUGAGUGGCGAGAAACGACAAACUAUGAAGGACCCUCAAAGCAGUGAGGAAGACCCAGGAGAGACUCUGAAACGCACAUUAAGGGCCCAGAGACAGAGGCGGAAGAAAAGGCUGCUUGAACAGUCUUCAACCCAGGAUGAUGAUGAUGAUGAUAAUGUGGAGGAGAUCUCUACCAUCCAGCACCACAGUGAAGAUGAAGAAUCAGCUGAAAAGACAGCUGACUCAGUGGUUUCAUCAAGACCUCCAACUGGUUCUCAGAGAAGUCUCUCCUCAAGAAUUCAGCAUGCUCCCUCUCACCAAUUAGACAGUUUUGUGACACGGCGCUUGGAGGAGAAGCUGAGAGCUGCCAGGUCUAAAGGUGAGAGCCUUCAGCAACAGGAGGCCUCUUUAGAGCCAGCCAGUCGCCUGCAGAGCCUCAGAGACAGAGACACUGUAACAAGGUUUGACAGAGAGGUUGAUUCAGACAAGGAUGGAAGACAUGACGUCCCUCUGGCCCUCAGCACCAGGGUCAAGUUCCGAGAAGCAGCGAGACGAGUAGAAAAAGGCCUACCGACUGCAGAGGAGGCAUACAAUUUCUUUACAUUCAGCUUUGAGCCAGAUCCACAAGAAAAGAGUGAGAAGAUGAGCAGGAAAAGACAAAAGCAGAGAAGAACAACAGAGGAGGACAGAGAUGAAGAAGGAGGAGAGGAAGUUGAAGAGCAGGAAGAUGCUGAAGUAGAUGAAGAUAACCAAGAUGAAAAUGAAGACCAGGGUGAAGAAGCUCCUCUUGUGCAAGAUAAAGAGGAUUUAUUUGUCGUUGAACAAUCAUCCCAGGACUUCCUGCAAGUGAAGAAAGCAGAGUAUGUUGGGUACCGAAAACUUGCUCAGGGACAAAGUGAGCUCCUCUUCACACCAAGUUUUCGAACAGUCCCAACCUCCAUUAAACUGCCUGAAAACAUGAAGCCCCGCUAUCUGGAGGAUGAGGGUCUAUAUGUAGGAGAGAGGCCCCCUGUAUCUCCUACCAAUGAGAACAUUCUGGAGAACCGCAUUUUGAAAAUGGAGGAGGGAAAGAAGUGGUUUGGAGACGACGGCAGAAUCAUGGCUCUGCCUGACCCCAUAAAGGAAUCAUCCACAAGACCUCCUCUCUUUCACAUGGAAGAGGACCUGGACCCUGCACUAUACACUGUGUACAGGAAGGCGCUCAAGUCCAAGUAUGCAAAUCUGUACAUUUCUGGUGCAGCGGACCCCGAGGGAGACUAUCAGCUUGAUGUUGAUGUCUCAGGACUUAUCUUUUCUCAUCACCCACUCUUCAGCCGUGAACAUGUCUUGGGGGCCCGUCUGGCCCAGCUGUAUGACCAGCACCUCACUAGGCAGCACAAUAACUUCACAGGACACCUCACUGACAAGUUGAAUGGAUUGAGGAGAACACUGCGAAACAUCCUUGAGAUCCACGGCGGUCAGAGCCUCACUCAGGCCAUGCAGCAGCGGAUAUCUGAGUACAGUCUGGAAAUUAGGAACACUCGGCAGCUGCGAGACAGUGAGCAGGAGAAAGACAGGACUCUGCUAAAGAAUGUAGUUAAAGUCUGGAAGGAGACCAAAGCCCUGAGAGAGUUUCAGAGGUUCACCAACACACCCUACAAGCUCUACCUCAGAAGGGAAAAUGUAGAUCGGGUGUCAGAUGAGCGGGAAUAUGAAGAUGAAAUCUUGGCAGAGGUUGUGGAACUAGAGGCGGAGAGUGAGGAAGACUACCAGAACAAGCUGGCUGAGUAUAAGAAACAGCUGGAGGAGUGGAAGCUCUGGAGAAGGAAACAGAAAGCCAAAAAGAAGAAGAGAAAAAAGAAGAAGAAAGGCCAGUCACAGGAUGACACAGAAGAAGAAGAUGAUGACCAGGAACUGAGUGAAUCGGAGGGGCCUGUUGAAGAAGGCCCCCAAAAGCCGGAGCCUCCAGAGAAGCCAGACUUUGAUUCAAUAGAGCAGCAGGUCAGAGAGAAAGCCUCCAGGAUACGCAGGAAACCAGGAGAGUCCAUCCUGAUCCCUGAGCUGUCUGCAUCUGGAAACAUCACUGCCAGUGAACUCUGCCCCAGGGCUGAAAUAGCUAGAAGAGAGGAUGUUGCAAGACGUUCUCUUUUCAUCAAGAUCCUAUACAACGAAAAAGAAGUUUCACGAACGGACAGCCGGCCCAUGAACACUGAUUUCAGAGUGCACUUUGGCCAGAUUUUCAAUCUCAAGAUAGUUAAUUGUCCCCAAAGCAUCAAUUUACAGGUGUUUGAGGAGAUUGGCUCAUCAUGCUCGCUCCUUGCACAAGUGUACGUGCCAGUGCCAGAGCCCACAGUCUUGACGGGCAGCGUCCCUCUUGAGGAAUUUGAGUUUAGCAGCAACCAGAGAGUGAUGUUCGACCAUGAGGGCGUGGGAAGUGAUGUGCCCCUCUCCUUCGAGGCUGACGGCAGUAACAAACAGACCCUGUUGACCUCUGGGAAGCUGUCAUGCUGUGUUUCUUGGGGGAUUGGGGAGGAUGAUGUACCCCUUGCCCCUCCUGUGUCUCAACAACCUGGUGGCAUACACAGUGGCUUGGGUCAUCUUGAUGCUGUCACCUAUAUUGGGGCAUCUGGACUAUAUGACAUGAAAAAAAUCGGGGAGUGGGCCACACAGUCACGACUGGACCCCAAUGAUCCGAAAAAUGCCUCCAUCAUGCAGCUGCUCAAAGUAGCCAGUAGUGGAGAGGUGACCGCUCCGGAGUAUUUCCGUCUGGAGCAGCUGCAGGAGGAGUUUAACUUUGUGACCGAUGAAGAGUUGGAUAGGUCCAAAAGAUUCCGCCUGCUCAGGCUGAGGAACCAGGAAGUUGCAGAGUUUCGGAAUUACAAGAGUGUUCCCGCUCUAGAGAGAGAGGUCACUGAUAAGGUCUUCCAGGAAUACGAAAAGAGGCUUAAAGAAGGAGAGAUAAUUGAUACCAAAGAGCAUCUGGAUUCACACAGAGCCUUAGUGGCCAAAUACCUUCAGAAGAUCCGAGAAUCAGUCAUCAACAGAUUCCUUCUCGCCAAGCAUCAUUACCUUCUAUCUGACCUGGUGAUAGAAGAGGAGAUACCAAGCAUUGGAGUGCCUGAACUCCCCGUGCCAGUUGUACAGGAAAGGUUAGAUAACUUGGAUUACCUUGAACUGUGGGACCUACAGCCAAAUCAACCAAUCAGAAAGAGUGACAGGGCCUAUAUAAAUCACAGGCUGAUAAUUCUGGGAAUAAAUCUUUUCAAACUGGCCGAACCAAAACGGCCACUGAAACCUCAGAGGAAAGAAAGAAAGAAGGUAACGGCUCAGAAUCUGUCUGACGGAGACAUUAAACUGCUGAUCAACAUCAUCCGGGCAUACAACAUCCCCAUCCGCAGGCCUCAGAGCAAUAAGCCAGGACAGACGUCUCAGAGUGCCAUCCAGGGCAGUGAUUGGCUCCUCAGCCAGGUACAAGUGAGACCCUUUGUUGAGAUUUCCUUCCAGCGCACAGUACUUCAAACAACCACCGCCGAUGGACCAAACCCCUGCUGGAAUGAGGAGCUGCAGCUGCCGUUUAGCGCCCCAAACGGUGACUACAGCACUGCAAGCUUGCAAUCAGUCAGAGACGACGUCUUCAUCAAUAUAUUUGAUGAGGUGGUUUAUGAAACUGGAGUGAAUGACAAAGACAGAGGGAAAUCCAUACACACCUGGGUGGAGAAGCACUGGUUGGGCUCUGUCAAGAUUCCUUUCAGUACCAUUUAUUCUCAGUCCAGGAUUGAUGGAACAUUCAAGGUGAAUACACCUGCAGUGCUGCUGGGGUACAGCAAGGAACGGAGCCAUGGCACUAACGGUGGUUAUGAUACUUUUCGGAGCCUGAGCGAGGGAGCUUUCAUCACAAUGUUCAUCACUAUAGAACCUCAGCUGGUGCCUGGAGAGUCUAUCAGGGAAAAGAUAAAGGAAGUGAAGUUUGACAGCCAAGAGGACGAGCGCUUACUGCAGGCUGCGGAGAGAUUCGAGAGAGAUGCAGCACAGGGCUACCCGGACCGACCCUGCACGUCCACCGUCAUAGACCUCAAUGGGAAGACGGUCUUCAUCACACGCUAUAUCCGGCCACUCAACCCGCCGCAGGAGUUACUGGACGCUUUCCCCGACAACCCACAGGAGGCCACGGCCCUGGUUGCUCGAUUUGUCUCACUCAUCCCUUCUCUGCCGGACAGAGUUUCUUUUUCUGCCGUCUGUGACCUGUGGAGCACAUGCGAUCAAUUCCUCACCCUCCUAGCAGGAGAUGAAGAAGAACAUGCUGUACUGUUGUGCAACUACUUCCUGUCAAUGGGCAAGAAAGCCUGGCUUAUUAUCGGCACUGCUAUACCAGAGGGACCCACGGCGUAUGUCUUGACUUUUGAGCAGAGCCGCUACCUGAUCUGGAAUCCCAGCAGUGGUCAGUCCUACAGCCAGUAUGACACUUUCUGCCCACUGCAAACAGUUGGAUGCCUGGUCAAUGCUGACAAUGUGUGGUUCAACAUUCAAGAGUACACCUUACCAAUGAGGAUGAGUUUUGACAUCACAAAAGCCAAUUUGUGGAAACCGUUUUUCUCCCGAUCGUUCUCUCACCCGGGGUUGUCGAGCGUACAGCCAGAGGAGCUGGUAUAUCGCCACACAGACAAAGCAGCUGCAGCAGAGCUUCAGAACAGGAUUGAAAAGAUCCUGAAGGAGAAGAUCAUGGAGUGGCGCCCUCGUCACCCAACCCGCUGGAACCGCUACUGCACCACCACCCUGAAACAAUUCCUGCCUAAACUGGAACUGAGCGGGGGGAGGGACCUGGCUGAGGGUCACCGCCACGAGUUGCAGAGCCUGCUGGGAGACAACAGGAUUUCAGGAUUCCCCCUGCAUCUGCCGUUCUCUGAGAUUCGGCCUAUCAUAGAGGCAGUGUACAGCACAGGAGUUCACAGUGUUCAAGCUUCUAACGUGGAGUUUGCCCUGGCUGUGUAUGUGCACCCCUACCCUAAUAAUGUCCUGUCUGUGUGGGUGUACCUGGCCUCACUCGUCAGGGCAUGACAUAAGACUCUCCUCUCUACCACUGUGCUUUGCAGCUGUUGUAUAUAAAUGAGCUUCAGUAAUUUCAGCUGAUGACUUCAUGUUUUUACAUUUGCUCCCACUUUUUUUUUAUCUCAUCAUGUAUAUACUGUAGAUCCUGAGGAUACACAUUGAGUAAGCAGUUAUCUGUACAUACAAAUACCCUGCAUUAAAUCCCACCUUACUGAA